AUGCAAUCCCACCUCACCAGACGCGUCUUUCGUGCCAUUCUCAAUAAUGAGCCGUUCCGUUUCUCUCAUUGUCGCGGUCGACUCUUGCAUUCGCUCCCUUCUCAUCGCGCCCGAAGGGUGUACCUACACGAGCGCGGCCAUGUCCAAAGACGAGGGUUCUUCGCAUUUCCCACACCUCCUCCUCCCGAUCAACAUCAGGCUAUAGCUCUGGAGACCGGACUCAAGCCGAUGAGCGACUUAGUAAGGUCCUUGCAGAACAGAAGCAGACCACCACCACAUGAUACCUUGUCUAAGGCUUUCCGGGAUUUCUUCAAGCCGCGGGUUGAAACGCCGGGUGUAAUAACCGGCUUUCACGGCAGGCUUCUUGUUGCAACAUGGAGGUAUUUGAAAGAACGACAGGAGGAGCUUGAUCCGAAGGACUGGGAAGCCGUUUUCUCCCGAGACAAUCUGGAAACGAUCCUUCACGUCCUGGCAGAAGCAACGUGCCUACCCGAGUCGCAUGAUGCCGUGCGGAAAGUGGCACGCUUCGCAUUUUUGGAAUUAUCCGCAGAUCGAGGAUCGGAUGCAGACGAUAUCGAUCGUCAGACACUCUUAGCAUAUAUCCGCGUUCUGUCCAUGAACGGCGACCCGGAGGAGGCCUAUCGCGUGACUAUCACAUUCCGGCGCAGGCUUCUCAAAUCCAAACCUUCGCCGUGGCUCUGGGUAAUGAAAGGCUUUGCUAUGAACCAUGACAGGCGACGGCUCUGGAGGACCGUAGAAGGAAUUGAGAAACACGGCGACAUAUUCGAUCAGGCCACCCACGAAGAGGUGACUAUGAUGCUUCUCCAGGAAGAUCUGGUGGAGGCCGCGAAGACAAUGUACGAAUGCCCCAUCUCCGGCGGUGGCGAACCGACGAUGGCCACGAAAUUAGCCAUGAUAAAAGCGUCGAUCAUGCAGUCCGAUCUGGAUUGGGCAAGGAACGUUCUCCAUUCACUUCCACCGACUCCUAAUGCAGACACGCGGGAUAUUCACUUGUUGUGGGAGGCGGCAUGUGGAAGCGGAGCUUCUGCUUUGGCUGAGAAACUGGAUACUUGGUCUGCUAAAGAUCCUCAGAUUCUACAGUCUCUUUCGAUCUCUUGCGUGAAUACUCUUAUAGAAUUCGCGAACGCCGUUGGUAAUCCGCAACUGGCCGCUGAUUUUGCUGCAUUGACAUCUCAAUGGGGCCUGCAGCCAGAUGUACAGACUGUGAUGCUACAAUUGGAGUCACGGAUCCAAGCUUCGGAUCUCAAGGGCACCUUGGAAUAUUUACGCGAGUUGGAAAACAGCGACUCGAUUGCUGACAUUAGUCUACCUCUGAUGGAUAAGCUGAUAACUAUGCUCUGUCUUUCCGAACAGGCCGAUCCUCUCUUCGACCUGAUCUCCACCCUGCUUGACCCUCUUAUCGACAAUAAUAUCCGUUUGGAGCCAGAUACCAUGGCAGCCCUGACUUUUAUGCUGCUGCGGCGGCGCGACUGGGAUGCCGUGUCCCAGCUGCUGCGACCACGUCUGGGGUCUUAUGAUAUGGAGGAGAGAACUCAGAUCCGCAAAUCCUUGACGAAAUUUAUCAUGGAUUUCAGCCAAAGCGAUGACGUUGCGUGGGAGGCAUAUAAUCUCCUGAAGGUAGCCUUCCCAGAGACCGGAGUUAGCGUCCGGACUGAUAUCAUGUGGUCCUUCUUCAGGCGCAACCGAAGCGACUUGGCAUGUUUGGUAUUUGGGCAUAUGCGACAGGCGGAGAGCUUUGCCCAACGUCCUAAGCCAGACACGUACAGGAGGUGUUUCUUGGGGAUCGCCAGAACGGCUGAUCGGGAGAAUCUGGAGCUGGUCCACAACAUGUUGAAGCUGGAUCUGGAGGUAGACCUGACCACCAGGGUCAGGAAUGCAUUGAUGCUCGCCUACGCAAGGUGCGAAAUGCCCGAGAAGGCCAUGGAGAUUUUCAAGGAAAUUCUUCGCUCCGAGGAAGGCCCUUCACGCCAUACCAUAACGAUCUUCUUCCGAGUGUGUGAGACGCACCCGAUGGGCGUGUCGGAAGCGAUCAAGAUGAUGCAGAAGGCCAAACUUCUCGAGAUCAAGAUAGAUCGUCGAAUGUACAAUGCAUACAUCAGGGCCCUGGCGGCUCAGAGCGAAUUCGACCGUGCCGUAGAGGCGAUCGAGAAGAUGCAAUCCGAAAUCGGUUUGGGGCCUACUAGGGCUACGAUCGGCCAAUUCUACAAUCUUAGUCCUCAUCAGCACAUAAAGGACCAGGUCGAAGCGUGGGCUAAACAAAGAUACCCCGAUCUAUGGGCCCAAUUGGAGACGUACAGUCGGACCGAAUACGAAGAUGGAUGGCGUAUUGAUGGCAUUGACGAUCAUAAUCCCGUGUAG